CAAAAAGUAAAUAUUUGGGUAUAAAUUGUCAAAUGAUACAUGUGGGAUGUGGCAACAGGCAACAGCCAACCUUCAAAGCUCAACUUCAUUGAUGCUCACUCUCACUCAAAACUACAAUAGAGAUAACUAAUUUACACUUUCUCUCUCUAUAUUUCAUAAACACGGAAUUCUUUCUCUCCGGCAAGUAUAUACCGCCGGUGACUGAUAUUUUCCGGACUACGCGGAGAGGAAUCCAAUGAAUCGUCGCGGAGGCUGUGGAGGGCAGAGCAUGAGAGUGAUGGCCGCCGACGUGGAUGCCGACCACCGGGUUGACUCGGCGGCGAAGGUGAAGAAAAUGAAGAAUCGGGUGAAAUUCGAGCGGAAAUUGGUGAAAUACGAGGCGUUGCCGGAUUAUUUGCAGGACAACGAAUUCAUCCGCGACUACUACCGCUGCGAAUGGCCGCUCAAGGAUUUGGUCCUCAGCGUCUUCUCUUUGCACAAUGAGACUCUCAACAUCUGGACGCAUUUGGGAGGAGCUAUGAUAUUUGUGGCGUUGACGGUCAUGAGCUUGACGGAGAAAGCUUCGGUGGAGAAUCUGCUGGCUGCCGGUAAUUUCCUCAGGUGGGAGGCCACAACAGUGAAGCACAAUGAUUCAGAAACUGCUUUCCGGGAAUCUUAUCCAAGAAAAUUUCCAGAGUCAUCAAUCCUGUAUAACGUGAUCAACAACAAUGGAGCUGAUUCAGUUAUGAUUCCCACAUGGCCUUGGUUUAUAUUCCUUGGAGGGGCGAUCUGCUGUUUGGUAGUAAGCUCGGUAUCCCACCUCUUUGCGUGCCACUCACGGCGGUGCAACCUCCUCUUCUGGCGCCUUGACCACUCCGGGAUCUCACUAAUGAUAACCACCUCCUUCAUUGCUCCCACUUACUACAUCUUCUCCUGCCACCCAGUUUGGCGCCUCUUUUACUUCACUUCCAUCACUCUGUUAGCCACCCUUGCCGCCAUCACGCUUCUAUCGCCCGCCCUCUCCUCGGGUCGCUUCAGAUCCUUUAAAGCUACCGUUUUUGUGACGCUGGGGCUCUUUGGCAUUGUCCCGGCCGCACACACCGCAUUACUGUACGGGCACCACCGUCAUGUUGCGGUGGCUCUCGGUUGUGAGGUUGCCAUGGGGGUUUUGUACGCAGUGGGGGCAGGGUUCUAUGUUGCUAGAAUCCCAGAGAGGCUGCGACCGGGCAGGUUUGAUCUUGUUGGGAGUAGCCACCAGAUCUUCCAUGUGUUUGUCGUUGCGGCCGCGCUGGCACACUGUGUGGCCACGCUUGUGGUUAUGGACUGGCGUAGGGGAUUGCCACUCUGCAGUCUUUAGCCGGUCUUAGUGUGAGUCUGUGACCUUAGGGGCGUAGCUGAGUGAGGAUUUAGCCGGGCCCCACCCACCCCGAAUGUGAAAAAAACUUGCAUGUAUGCUAUAUGUAAACCGUUAUGACUAAAAAAAUAUCUGAAAAAAUUGUUGGGAAAGUUCCCGAAAUAGGACUAAAACAGUUUUAGUCUUAUUUCGGGUAAUAUUCUCAAAAUUGUUUGUACCAGUUCAGACUAAGUUCUUCUCCUGGCUAAACCCCUGGUGACCAUAUCAUAUAGACAUACAGAGUAUAAAUAUAUCAACAGGUGCCUGUAAGGUUCCAUUUAGUGGAAUUUGUCUUUCCAUAUAUGUAUGUAUACACGCACACAGUAAAUAAGAUACCCAAGUUGUGUUACUUCUAUGUAUGGCUUAAGGCACUUCAUUAAGAAAACAGUUGUUCCUUAGUAAUAGCACACUUGUAUUACAUUGUUCCUUGAUCAUUCA